AGAACAUCAAAUGGCAAUGCGUACUCUGUACGUGGCUGAUUGAAGCAGGCUUUUUAGGCCCGGCACGACUGCCCCAGACAUGGGGGCGGGCCGACUUGGCAAGCCUGGCUUCCUGGAAGAGUUUAGCAGCGAGUAUCUCGACCGUCACGACUCGCGAGUAGGGCCGAAACGAACUGGGUCCACGACUCCAACGAUCGAUCUCGGACCUGUUUCUCUCCGCACGAGGCGUCAAUAAACCCCUGCAAUCCCCAUUGUCGCCGGACCGACGACCAGGCCCAUGUGGGCUUUAUCGGACAGACCUGGGGACCUGGGGUAUUAUAAAGGACGCGGGCACUCAAAGACACCACGACGACAAUAGGCCGCCUGCAGCACCAACUCAGUCUCUUUCGUCCAGCUUCACUCAUCAUAUCGAUCGCCACCCAACAUGCAUCUCCCCCGAGCAUGGGAGACCGUCACCGCGGCCGCCACCCUGGGCGUCGUCCUGGGUGCUGGUGCCGCUGCCAACCCCGCGAACCGACUCAAGUGCCGCGCGACCCUCGACCAGUUCAUCGAUACCGAGAGCCAGGUGGCCAUUGACGGCGUCCUGGCCAACAUUGGCGCCGAUGGCGCCGAGGCCCAGGGUGCCGCCGCGGGUGCCGUCGUGGCCAGCCCUUCUCGCACCGACCCUGACUACUGGUACACCUGGACUCGUGAUGCCGCCCUCACCUACAAGGCCCUCAUCGAGCGCUUCAUCGCCGGCGACUCGUCCCUGCAGUCCAAGAUUGACGACUACGUCUCGGCGCAGGCCACCCUCCAGGGCGUCUCCAACCCAUCUGGCGGCCCAGACUCGGGCGGCCUGGGUGAGCCCAAGUUCAACGUCGAUCUGACGGCUUUUACCGGCUCCUGGGGUCGACCCCAACGCGAUGGGCCUCCCCUCCGCGCCACCGCCCUCAUCCUCUACGCAGGGUGGCUCGUCGACAAUGGCGAGGCGAGCAAGGCGGCCGACACGGUCUGGCCCGUCAUCGCCAAGGACCUCGACUACACCGUCCGCUACUGGAACGAGACGGGCUACGACCUCUGGGAGGAGGUCAGCGGCUCCUCCUUCUUCACCCUGUCCGCGUCCCACCGCGCCUUGGUCGAAGGCGCCGCGCUGGCCUCCACGCUGGACAAGACGUGCCCUGGCUGCGCCGAGUGGGCUCCUCAGGUCCUCUGCUUCACGCAAGACUUCUGGGUCCCUGAGGGCGACAGUGGCUACAUUGACUCUAACAUCAACGUGCGCGAGGGCCGCACCGGCAAGGACGCCAACUCGAUCCUGUCCUCCAUCCACACCUUUGACCCGGCCUCGGACUGCACCGACUCAACCUUCCAGCCCUGCUCGUCCCGCGCCCUCGCCAACCACAAGGCCGUCGUCGACUCAUUCCGUUCCGAGUACUCCCUCAACGCCGGCAUCAGCCAGCGCGACGCCGUCGCUAUCGGUCGCUACGCAGAGGACGUCUACUACGACGGCAACCCGUGGUACCUGACCACCCUCGCCGCGGCCGAGCAGCUCUACGCCGCCCUCUACCAGUGGAACCAGACGGGCUCCAUCACCGUCGACACCGUCUCACUCCCCUUCUUCAACGACCGCGUCCCCAACAUCGCCAAGGGAACCUACACCAGUGACUCAGCCACCCUCACCUCCAUCGUCGACGCCGUGCGCACCUACGCCGACGGCUUCGUCUCCAUUGUGCAGACCUACACCCCGCGCGACGGCGCCCUGGCGGAGCAGUAUGACCGCAACGACGGCACACCCCUCUCCGCCCGCGACCUGACCUGGUCCUACGCCGCCUUCCUGACGGCCACGGAGCGCCGCGCGGGCGUCGUGCCCCCCGGAUGGGGCGAGCCCGGCGCCAACACGGUCCCGGAUCUGUGCGAGGCCCCGGCCCCCUGCGACGCGGCCAUCACCUUCAACGCCCGCGUCACCACAAACCUGGGGGAGGACGUCUUUGUCGUCGGCGCGCUGACGGAGCUGGGCAACUGGGCACCUGCUGACGCCGUGCCCCUGAGCGCGGACGGGUACACGAGCAGCGAUCCUCUCUGGUCCACCACUGUCGACUUGCCGGCCGCGCGGUCGUUUGAGUACAAGUACAUCAAGAAGACGUCGGGCGGCGAGGUGGUCUGGGAGAGUGAUCCCAACAGGGGGUUCACUACCCCGACUGAUUGUGACAGCGCUGACACUAUUAACGAUACUUGGCGAUGAAUUUGGGGAUGGCAUUUCGUCGGAUUUAAUGUGGGCAGCUUAGACCAAACCAAAUUGACUGUAACUAUUCCAAGAUGACACUGCAGGUAGCGUUCAUGUUGAAGAACAGCCAUCCUUUGAUUCCGA